AUGUCACCGCCGUGCAGUCAGCCCAGAGGCGGCUNCAUCUUGUCGGUGGCCUGCAACCGUCACCUGCGGACGCCCACCAACUACUUCAUCGUCAACCUGGCCAUUGCCGACCUGCUGCUGAGCUUCACCGUGCUGCCCUUCUCGGCCGCCCUGGAGGUGCUCGGCUACUGGGUGCUGGGACGCAUCUUCUGUGACAUCUGGGCCGCCGUGGACGUCCUGUGCUGCACGGCCUCCAUUCUGAGCCUGUGCGCCAUCUCCAUCGAUCGCUACAUUGGGGUGCGCUACUCUCUGCAAUACCCCACGCUGGUCACCCGGAGGAAGGCCAUCUUGGCGCUCCUCAGUGUCUGGGUCUUGUCCACGGUCAUCUCCAUCGGACCUCUCCUCGGGUGGAAGGAGCCGGCGCCCAACGAUGACAAGGAAUGUGGGGUCACUGAAGAACCCUUCUAUGCCCUCUUCUCUUCCCUGGGCUCCUUCUACAUCCCUCUGGCGGUCAUUCUGGUCAUGUACUGUCGCGUUUACAUCGUUGCCAAGAGGACCACCAAGAACCUGGAGGCCGGAGUCAUGAAAGAGAUGUCCAACUCCAAGGAGCUGACUCUGAGGAUCCACUCCAAGAACUUUCAUGAGGACACCCUCAGCAGUACCAAGGCCAAGGGCCACAACCCCAGGAGUUCCAUAGCUGUCAAACUUUUUAAGUUCUCCAGGGAAAAGAAAGCGGCCAAGACCUUGGGCAUUGUGGUCGGUAUGUUCAUCCUGUGCUGGCUACCGUUCUUCAUCGCUCUGCCGCUUGGGGACACUCCAGAAAAUGAAUGGAGGGAGGUGAUCAUUGCAAAGUCAUGUGCCAUGAUAUCGGAAGAGGUAACGGCUGCUACAUGCCAUGGACCAUGUAAGCCUGCAAUCACACCCGGGGCUCUGUUAGAACCGAACAUAACCAAAUCCCUCAAAUAACUAAAAUUCUGUAGACACACUGCUUUCACCAGAAAAGGGUAAAUGGAAAGAAAGCAAAUUGACAUCAGGAAUUUCCAUUUUAAAAAGAUAAAGAAAAAAGGUGUUUAACCUACUCUCCAUGUUGUCAUU